CAACUCAAUGUAGAUUUUUUUUUAAUUCACGUUUUUGUCCAUUCAAGAUAAUGGCUGUAUAAGCUAAAUACUUUUGCCUUUCCCUGAGAUGGGAAAAAUAAUAACCGUACAAAAAAAUUACGUUCUUCUGUUUUAGUUGUUUGUUUAUUUCAAACAUUAAAGGAAAUUCGAAUGAUAUCAAACCAAUUGAUGAAGAAUUUUAUUUAAAAGUUAUGGAUUAUAAGUAAUUUUUUUAAUAAUGGAGUGUACUCAAAGGUUGGAAUUUACUCAAGAAUUGUGUGAGUCUCGGUCUGAAAAGUCGAGCCCGGAACAAAUUGGAUUUGUUGGAAUAUGUGGAACAAAAUAUCCUGUGAAAUUUGGGCCAAACAAAAUUGGCAGAGACCCACAGACAUGUAACAUUGUUUUGCAACUGAAUUCCAUAUCACGACAACAUGCUGUGAUCAAUGUUCUAAACAAAACUGAAUUCAUGUUAAUGGAUUUGGAUUCUGCAAACAAAACUAAAUUGAUGGAUAAAAUUCUACAGCCAUACAUUCCUCAUGCACUCAGGAAUGGCGACAUGGUACAGUUUGGUGAUGUGUUUGGAGUAUUCAGACUAUUAGAAGAGGACACUGACUUACCCAUGACUCAAGCUUUGGAUAUACCUGAAACACCCAUAACUUCUCGUCACAUAACCAGAAUCAAUAAUGUACCAAUCACAACUAUACCCGAAUCUCCAGAUGUUAGUGAUAAGGACGACUCAUUCAUUGCUCCAUCUCAGCCAAAAGGAAAUAGACCAUUUAGAAAUUCCAAUACAAAUUAUAUAAAACAGUCUGCAACGACAAUAUCUAUACAGCCUAUAGGAUCCAAUCAAAUUGAUAAUAUUUAUUGGAAAUCAUCAAAGAAAUCUACCUCAAUUGGUUCACAUUUCGAUAAUUCUCAUCAAAGUCUUAAUGAUUCUACCUUAUCGCUUAAGUCUACUAAUAAUCAGACAAAAGAUAUGACUUUACAUGAAAUGGAAACACAACCACUAGAUAUUAAACAUAAUGAAAAUGCAGAUUCUAUUUACACAGCAAAUACACAAAUACCAAUUGCUAAUUGUUCACCAUCUAUACACAGUAUGUCUACACAAUUGCCUGUAGGUGCAGAUAAUCUGCCAGAAGUAUGCAAAAUCAGUAAUCAACAUGAAAUGCAAUUUAAUUUAUUUCCAAAAAAUACCAAUGAUAAUAUUUUUAAUGCUGAAACACAACAGUGUGUUCCUGACAAUGAACAAAUAUUUCCCAUAAAGUUAAACCUAAAGUCUAAAAAAAUAUCUACAGCAGAGAACUGUAACAGUCGUAAUAUACAUGACGCCGAUACACAGUAUAAUAAAGCGGAAAAAGAAACUAUUGCAGUAGUACCAAAAUAUAGAGAUAGAGAUGUAUUAGACAAAGAAUUCAAAGAUUCUUCAAAAACUCUUUCAGAAGAAGAAAUUAUAUUUGAAGAAAUGAAUGAAGAUAUGUUUCAAGAUAAUUUUGAAUCUCAAUCUUUAUUACCUGAAUCUCCUAAUAAGGACAGUAAAAAAGUUACUGUAAUGUCAGACUUUAAAGAAAAUGAUCCAGAAGUGUCAAUACCACUUCAGAAAAUUAACAUUCAUCGUAAGUCAGAUAGUUCUACAGAUUGUGAAGAUAUAGAAAUAAUACCAACACAGCAGCUACCUGAACAACCUCUAGAUGAAGAUAUUACUGACUGUGAAGAUGAAUUAAAUGAAAGUAAAACAAAACAUAAUUCUAAAGUAAACUUUGAAGAUUUAUUGACUCAAAUAAUUGAUGAAAAUGAUGACCAGAACAUUGAAACUAUGAAUACACAAUUAGUCGAAGACAUUGAAUCUAAUACUUUAUGUGUUAAAAAGAAUCCUCUGAAUGUUCAAAACAUAAGCAGAAGGCAAAAUGAUGAAAUUGAAUUUGAAGAUUUACCUACACAGAUAUUGAAUCAUGAUAUUCCACAAAAUAAGGUUGUCAAAUUAGAGAUUUCAAAUGAGAUCAGUCCAUUUAAAAUUCCCUUACAAUCCCCUAUUAAAAUAAAAAGAAAAGAUAUUUCUGUAGUAAGCCCACUAAAGGAACCUGUUUCAGAUAAUAUUGAAACUAAUGGUAUCAAUAUAAAUGAUAACAAUGACAAUAAUUAUUAUGCAGCUACACAAGAAAUAUUGGAUGACUUAUGUACUGAAGCACAACAUUCUCCAGAAAUUAUUAAACAGAAAUCAGAUAAAACAUUAAAUAACAAUGAUAUACAUACUAAAGCUACUACAAAUGAUAUUGAUAUUGUACCAUGUUCUGUUGAAGAAUAUGAAACACAUGAUAGAUUACCUGGUCUAGAUACUUUAUCUCCAAGAAAGGGAAAUGUAACAUUUAAUAGGUCUUUCACAAUAAAUGAUGAUGUUAUCAUUUCCCCAUCAAAUCUGUCAAGUCAACAAAUAAGAGAAGUGAUUGGUGUAGAGGUUGUAAAACCGACAAAAAUGCCUAGUGAUUCUUCGGAUGUAGAUGUCACACCAAAGAAAAAACCGUUUAGAUUUCUAGAUAUUGAUUUACCUGAUAGCCAAGAAAUAAAAACCAGUGUUACAUUAAAGGGAAAAGAUGCAUUUAGUGAAUCAUCAAGUGACUCUGAAACAGAAAUAGAUUCAGAAGAACAACAUACUCCAAUUUUACUUCGUAGAAACGAGCGAUCUAAAACAUACUCAAAGCAAAAAGUGAAACAAAAUCUGUCAAAUAAAUUGAAUAUUGAUGAUUUACCAUCUAGAGUUAUGUCACGAAUUAGGAAACCUUCCUCAAAAAUUCAAAAUGCUGACCCCGAGCUUAAAAAUAUACUGAAACCUAAGUUUUUAACAGAACAGGAUGAUAAUAUAAGUGAAGAUAUUAUAAAUGAAAAUAUAUCAAGACUUAAAAAAGAUAACGAAAAAAUCAAAAACAAUAAAAAACAAUCCGAAAUUAAUUUGAAAUUGAAAAGUAAUGCCGGUAAUGUUUACAACGUGAAAGAUAAUAUGCAUAGCAAUAAAAAACGUAAAGAUAGUGAAAAAAAAGAGUCCAAAAAACAUUGUAAUCAGAAAAAUAAAGAUGACUUGCAAAAAAAUAUAAACAUCACAAGUGUUUCAAAAAUAAAAGGCAAUGCAGAAAAAAUAGUAAAUGAUUUACAAAUUGAUUCCAACAUUGAGAAGAGGAAAAGAAGCACACGCAGUUCAAGAAAGAAGGAGGAAAAACCUGAAAAUAAAAUCUACGUAAAGGUUAAAGAAAAAAAGAUGGAAAUGGAAAAUGAUAAUUUAAAACAACCAUUAGAAAACAAAACGCAUGAAACUAGUCAAAAACGAGCACAUCAGAACACAGAUAAAGUGUUAUUGACUAAAGAUGAAAAAGAAGUAAGACGAAGUAAGAGGCAGAGAUCAUAUAAAGAAAAAAAAGAGAAUGAUUCUAUUAUUAAGGUCAAAAUAACAAAACCCCAACCUAAGAAUAAACCUGUUCAACAUGAAAAAAGCAAGGUAUAUAGUAUAUCUUCCGAAUCUGAUACAGAUGUACCUGUCAGAUUGAAACGAUUUGCAACAGAGGCACCUAGAGCGCCAAGUCCUAAACGAACAAGAUCCGCUGGCAAUGUAUCACUAAGGGCAACACCAGCACGAAUGUUGAGGACACAAUAUGUGUUGUUUACAGCUUUCCCAUGUGAAGAAGUGAAAAUGAAACUGGAAAAUCUAGGUGCAAUAAUAGUAACAGAGGUGGCCGCUUGUAGUGUUCUGUUGACUUUAAACAUCAGGCGGACGUUUAAAUUGCUGUGUGCGGUUGGUCUCGGCAAGCCCAUCGUCGGCGCAGAUUGGGUUCAAGCUUGUGCUGACACCAAAAUGAUUGUCGAUCCGUGGCUGCACUUGAUAAAAGAUGAAGCAGCAGAAACUAGAUUUAAAUUCAGUCUAGAAAAGACACUACGAAGCAAGCGUAACUUUUUGAAGGGCUACAACAUAUCAUCUACGCCCAAUGUGAUGCCAAAUGCCUCCGAGAUGAAAUUGAUUGUCGAAUGCUCAGGCGGCUCUUGGAAGGAAGGAGGUUCGAAUUGGAUGUGCGUGUCAUGUUCUGCAGACAAAAGCCUCUGGCCAUCGUUGAGACAAAGAGGUGCAUUUAUCGUCUCUACAGAGUUCAUCCUAGGGGGUGUACUCAGGCAAAAACUGGAUGUGACAAAUAGCAAGCUUGGCUGAAAAUUUUAGAAAUAAUAUUUGAUCGACAAUUUUAAAAUUUAACAGAUAAAUGUAAACUUGUGUAUAACUACUUGUGUAUAUUAUUUACACUAUAUAAAGUUGUAAAUAAAAAAUAUUUAUACACAAACUUGCGUGUAACGCAUUAUGCGGCUUCAAAUAAUUUAACUUUAAGAAAUACAUUAUCGAGCUACAUUAUGAACUUAAAAUCACAACUUAAAACCUUGUAACUCUCUCAACUAUACGCCGGUGUUAAAGAAAACUUCUAACUAGCCCUUAAUAAAUUGUAAACGUUUCAAAACGAUGUAAACGCUAGUAAUCACUUUAGUUCAUCAUAUAUAAAGAAACAGCGGUGAUAUAAUGUAAUUGUGUUAAAAAAUGUGCUUCCGAAUGGUAACAUUACUAUAGUAUAGAAUUAACACUUGAUUUACCAAACAAAUUUUUAAAGAGAGCGCUUCACAGUACGUAAUUUUUAUAAUGAAGUGAC